UGCGUUCGAGAAUCGUAUAGCGACAGGUGCGGUGAUAAACUAUAAUCAUAUCGAGCCUCGCCGAUUCCUCGAAGACGCUGGCAAUGUAGUGCUAGAGCGAGUGCGAGACGCUGUAGAAAGACAUGGCAGUAUAAAAGUGAACACAGCAUUCAACGGCGACUUCGCGACAAAGGAUAAACGUGCUAAUAAAAGCAUAAUUACGAAAAACAAUGAGAUUUAUCAAUGCACCAAUAUGCACGAGUGGUAUGAACAGCACGUCGUCGAGCCUAUCUUGGCAUCGCUCGAAGAGUUUCAGGAACGCGACAAUGGGUGGACGCUGUCGCGAAUCCUCAACUCGACUGUUAACGUAAACAAAUUGAAUCCCAUGCGUGCGGGAUGCCAUAUCGAAGUGCCGCGGGAAAUUGCGUCGAAACGAGCGGUGAUCAGUGUGUAUACGACGGACAAUGCGUGCUUCGCGUGGUCGGUGGUCGCUGCUCUGUACCCCGCAGAAAGACAUGCAGAUCGGGAAUAUUCGUACCCGCAUUAUACGAUAGUAUUGAAUCUCACAAACAUUGAGUUCCGAUGACUUUAAAAGCCAUUCCAAAAUUCGAACGUUUAAACGCAGUGUCAAUCAACGUGUACGGCAUCGAGAAUAAACAGAUCCUUCCUUUGCGACUCACAGGCGACAAAAAGGAGAAACACGUCAAUCUCCUAUACCUGCAAGAUCCACGCAAUGAUAGCAUUAGCCACUUUGCGUGGAUAAAGAACCUGUCGCGCCUUGUGAGCUCGCAACUCACAAGAAAGGAGCACAAAAAAUACUUCUGCGAUCGGUGCCUUCACUAUUUUGACUCGAGCCAAAAAUUGCAGACGCACAAAGUGGAUUGUCAAUCAAAUUUUGAGUCCGAAUUCGAAAUCAACGACUCUCUCUCUUCCCUCUCUCCCCCUUUCCAUCCCCCCUCUAUUGCCCGUCCUCUCCCCUUCUUACCCCUAACCUUACCCUUUACACCUUCCCUAUUCCCUCGCACCCCCCUUCCAUUAUUAUUCACCCCUUCUCCUAUCCCUUCUUCUUCUCCGUUUCAUCUUCCUUAUUCCUUUCUCCCUCCUUAA